GUCUAGUUUUAGCAAUGCAGAUAGGUGAACUGGUCAGUCGAGUGACUUCCAUUGGAUAAGCGUACAUGGGUUGUACAUCCUGUCAGUCAUUGAGGGAGAAAACACUGUUGAGUUUGACAGAUUCAAGGUUGUAUUCAUAAAGAGUGUGUGAAAUGAUUACUCAAUGAUGUGAGUAAGUCUGGCCACUGGAGGGAUAGGCUGGAAAGGGAUCAUUUACAGAGAGAGGAUCAAAUUGGUUUCAAGAUGACACCUUCCAACACAGUCGCGGCCCUGACUCUACUCCUACUGACACAGUCACUCUGCGUUUCCACAGGAUUCAUCUGCCCAAAUCUCAGCUAUCUGGACUCGUCUGUACAGUUGAUCUGUACAGGGGGGAGUAUUUCACACAAGUACAUAAACCCCAGAGGUGUAGAUGUUGCUCAAUGUCCACUGAUAAAAGAUAGGCCAUGUACACCUGCAAACGCGUCGGCGUCUGUCAUCAGUAGCACUCAGACUGUCUUCAACGUUAUGGCUGUAACAACAAAAGAUGCGGGAACAUGGUCAUGUGACUUUGGAGUUAAUGAAGUUGUGACAUGUAACUUGACAGUUGCAAAGACACCAAGUUGCAGCAUCACCAGUAAGGAAGACACUGAUGUACUUGCCCAGUAUCAGGAGCUGACUCUCACAGUGGACAUACAAAACUAUUACUGUUCCACAGCCCUAACCUUCUCACUCCAGACCGGGAAUGUGACAACACUGCUGAUUGAAGCUGACUCUGUAGCAAGUGUUACUCACAACACUUCUUCAGUAACCCUGAAUGUGAUGGACUCCCACCUGGGGAUUGUAAGACUGAUAUUCAACUGUCACAACAGUCAAUGGAAUCUAACCUGUGAUGGUGUGAUUGAACUCAAGACUCCAACCUGCAGCAUAACCAGUGACAAGGACAAUGACAGACUUGCCCUGAAUGAAGAGCUGACUCUCUCAGUGAACAUUAUUGGCUACAACUGUCCUGUAGUAUCCAACUUCACUCUACAGACAGGGAACGUCCAACAAUUACUGAAUGUCAGUGGUGCCGGGGCUGUCAUUGAUCGUGCAACACAAACCUUUCAUGUGACCAAAACACACCUGGGUGGUGUUAGGCUGAUGUUCAACUGUCAACAGACACACUGGAAUCUGACCUGCGCUGGCAUAACGAAACUCCAAAACGUUGGACUAGCCACAGCCUCCACUAUAAUUAUGGUUGCCUGCAUUGUGGGUGCGAUAGUGUUUCUCAUCAUCGUCGUCAUCAUCAUCGUGUUUCUCGUCAAAAGAAAACAGGUAACUCGAAUAAAACCACAACCAUCAGUUAAGCCUCCUUCCCCUCCUUUUCCUUCCGUGGAGCUGAAUGAUCUUCCAAAUGGAUCAAAGAACAUAAGUGUAAUAAAUGCAGGAGGUUAUGCAUGUCCUUGGGAUGUCGUCAACAGAUCAAGUUCGCGAACGGAGGAUGAAUCACUCGACUUAUCGUUAGUUAAUAACGGGAGAGUGGUUAAAGUGUUCGUUUCGUCUUGUGAAGUUCAUGCCUAAAACCAGUGUAAAUGGAAAUUAACUGAUUCAUUCACUCAACCGUGUCACUUCAUCUAUGUUUCAACGUACCAGUAAGCAGGUUGAUAGACAUGCAAACAGUUCUCAAACUCUUCCCACACUAUGUUAUCUUAGAUGGAGAUUGAUCAAAAUGUUUAUUACAUUUAUUCAGCAACUACUCAAAAGCUGUAACCAUCGCACUCAUUAAAAUACUUCAGUCCUGAAUGUAACUUAGUACGAUUAUUGCUCAAUGUACAAUUAGCAAUACCGAUCCAAAUAUGGAAGAAGAAAAAAAGAAUAAUGUUUUCAUAACAUCAAUAAUUUACCUGUGGGGAAUCACCAUAAUGCGUUGUAGGUAGG